AUGUCAUCGUCGCAUCCCAUAAAUCGACGGAUUCUACAAGUCCGGCACCUUCCGAGAGCAUUCACCGAGACUCAAUCCACAGCUCUCCUGAAGGGACACGGAGCUCAUACAGUCACUUUUCAGAGGAAAAGCGUUUUCGCAUUUUUCGACAGCGAGGCAUCUGCUCGCCAAGCCAUGCAGGCUUUACAUCAACUUCAUCUGAACGAAUCGGUGCUAUUAGUGACAUUCGCCCGCGCAAAUUAUCCUUCUCUGCCUCUCUUGCCUCCGGUUCUCGGUCAGCAGCAGGUGCCGAGCGAAGAAGGAAUGAUCCGCAAGCUUCACGCAAUCGCUCCUCAUUUGAAUUUCAAUUAUAUUCUGAAUCCAAUGGUGAAGUACAAAUACCCUCCGAUAAACGACACGAUACUGGCCAACAUCUGCGAAGCCUUGCGAGACAACUCAAACUUCUACACCCAAGUCCUACAUCUCAUGAACAAGAUGUGUAUACCACCCCCGUUCCGACGGAAGGCGGUGCCGAGCCGAGUUUUCCAGAGAUCGUCACGUGACACGUACACGCAAAUCACUUCGGACUCAGAAUCUGAUCUCUCAGAUGCCGAGAACGUCCCACGGAGAGCUAAGCGGAGAGCCCGGGUCGGAACAGCUGCUCUCGAGAUGAAACCGAUUCGGAAACCGAAAACCGAUAUCCCGAUUGGUAAGCUUCUACCGGAAAGCUCCCCGAUGGACGUCAGCCUAUGCUUCGAGUCUCCCCAAAUACGCAGACUUGAAAUUGUUCCCAUCCAUUCCGUCGGUCAUGGCCAUGCGGAGCUGGACCCGGCUCCAGGAGAAGGAUUCGGUCGGAUCGAUCCACCACAGCCAGAAGAAGGAACGCCCGAAAUUCUUCCGAAAUUCGACUUUGUGUCCGCUGAAUUCCGCGACGUGGGGACCAUGGAGCGACUCUCGAUCAAGGACAGCAUCGAUCAUGCGGCUUUCCGAAACUACGAAGAAGGAGACGUCUGUGUUCGUUUGUACCUGAAAAACCUUCAUAAGUCCACCACCGAAGAAGAACUCUUCAGCGUAUUCGGACAGUUCGUCCCGGACAACGAUGCCGAAAGAGCCAUCUUCGACAUCAAACUCAUGAAGUCCGGCCGAAUGAGGGGCCAAGCAUUUGUCACAUACGGGUCUGUACCAGCCGCUGAGAGAGCUCUCGAACUCACAAACCGAGUUAUCCUGAACGGCAAACCGAUGUCAGUACAAUUCGCGAAAGCGGCUCGCGUUGAAAGUUGA